AUGUCAUUGACAGAUUCUAAUGCAGUGGAUGUCGCCCGCAGCGCAUCUCUAGCCUCUCGUCAACUCGCAACCCUGUCAAACGAAGCCCGAAACGAAGCCCUCACGCUACUACACUCGGCCCUGGACAAGAACCGAGCCACCAUUCUCGCUGCCAACAAGAAGGAUGUCGAAUUAGCCACCCAGGCCGCAGAGGAUGGUACUUUGAACCACAGUGUCCUCAAAAGGCUGGACCUCUCCCGCCCUGGCAAGUAUGAUGACAUGUUGGAGGGAAUCUUGAGUGUUCGUGAUUUGGAGGACCCAGUCAGUUGCCCCAUCGGUGUUCUGCUGAUCAUCUUCGAGGCUCGCCCUGAGGUGAUCGCAAACAUCGCAGCACUGGCUAUCAAGUCCGGGAAUGCCGCUAUUUUGAAAGGCGGCAAAGAAUCGACAGGAUCAUUCGCGGCAAUUGCAACCGUGGUCUCGGACGCCAUUGCCGAUUCCCAAGUCCCCGUUUCAUCAAUUCAACUAGUGAAAACGCGCGAUGCGGUUUCUUCCCUUCUCGCUCAAGACUCCUUCAUUGAUCUCGUCAUCCCCCGCGGAUCUAACGAACUGGUCCGUCACGUCAAAGAGAACACCAAGAUCCCAGUUCUAGGCCAUGCGGACGGACUAUGCUCCGCCUACAUCCACUCCGACGCCAAGGUCCAAACUGCCGUGAAAGUGAUCGUCGAUUCCAAGACAGAUUACCCCGCAGCCUGCAACGCUCUCGAAACAUUAUUAGUACACGAGAGUGUGCUCGAGUCCAUUCUCCCCGAGGUUGCUUCGGCUCUAUUGGCCAAGGGCGUGUCACUACGCUGUGACCAGCAAUCCUUGGAGGUCUUAAAGAAGGUGGUGCCGGCUGAUAAAGCCAGCCAAAUCUCCUCGGCCACGGAUACCGAUUACGAAACCGAAUUUUUGGACCUGGUGUUGGCUAUCAAGACUGUUUCCUCGGCCGAGACCGCAAUUACACAUAUUAAUACCUUCCACUCUGGGCAUACGGAUAUCAUCAUCACCGAAUCCAGUCAGGAAGCCAAUCGUUUCAUGAACAGCAUUGACAGCGCGGGUGUGUUCUGGAACGCAUCCAGUCGAUUUGCGGAUGGCAUGAGAUAUGGAUUUGGCACGGAAGUUGGCAUCAGUACCAACAAGAUCCACUCCCGAGGACCCGUUGGUCUAGAGGGUUUGACAAUCUACAAAUACUUGAUUCGCGGAGAUGGUCAUGGCGCCGCAGAUUAUCAUGACGGCGUGGGGGGGGACGGAAAUCGCUGCAAUAGCACAUUGCCACACAUGUGUCUGCGCCACCAUCUUCACGAGGUCUAG